UCCCCAAAUUGUAAGAGCCCAAAAAACCCAGAGAGAGCAAUGUCGAGAGUUCGAAAGCAGACGCAGAGAGUCUUGUAUCACUCAGAAGAAGCCUAAUUGAAGAGAUCCGAUUCCUUGGCGAUUUUUCGAUUCUCCGUAAGCUUUCCCGAUUGUUCCUCUCGUGCCACAAGUGGUAGAUCGUCGUUUGGUAGAGUAAUCUGAGAAGCAAGCAGAGAUGUCGAGAACCUUCUUCUAAUCCAUAACCUUGUGAAGGCUUUGAUAUGGCGUUGAAGCCGUUGAAUAACAUCUGGAUUCGGCGUCAGCAGUGUCCUUGUGGUGAUUGGAAGUGCUAUAUUAGAGUCGAAGGAGAUGAAUCAAGCUUCCAGGUAACUAAGAACGAGAUCGAAACAACAACAUCAUCAUCAUCGUCACCGUAUGAUACUGUGUUCAUGCCUUACGUUGGUCAAAUUUUCAGAACCGACGACGAGGCAUUUGAGUAUUACAGUGCAUUCGCUAGGAAGAUUGGUUUCUCAAUUCGGAAAGCACGCUCCACGGAGAGCCAGAAUCUAGGAGUAUACAGGCGAGAUUUCGUUUGUUACCGUUCCGGUUUCAAUCAGCCUAGAAAGAAAGCCAAUGUCGAGCACCCUCGCGAGCGCAAGUCCGUGCGAUGCGGAUGCGACGCCAAGCUGUAUCUGACUAAGGAAAUCGUUGAAGGAGUGACUCAGUGGUAUGUUUCACAGUUCAGCAAUGUUCAUAACCAUGAGCUUCUUGAAGAUGACCAAGUUAGGCUUCUCCCUGCAUAUCGGAAGAUCCAGCAAGCUGAUCAGGAGAGGAUUCUUUUGCUUUCUAAAGCUGGAUUCCCCGUGAAUCGGAUUGUGAAGUUGCUGGAGCUAGAGAAAGGUGUUCAGGCUGGGCAGUUGCCAUUUAUAGAGAAAGAUGUUAGGAACUUUGUUAGGGCGUGUAAGAAGACUGUUCAAGAGAAUGAUGCUUUCCUUACUGAGAAACGAGAGACUGACCUGCUUGAGCUUCUGGAGUCUUGCAAAGCGUUGGCUGAGAGAGACAUGGGUUUUGCUUAUGACUGUACCUCUGAUGAGAACCAGAAAGUUGAAAACCUUGCGUGGGCUUACGGAGAUUCUGUUCAGGCCUACUCUUUAUUUGGCGAUGUGGUUGUUUUCGACACCACAUAUCGGUCCAUCACUUAUGGCUUGCUCCUUGGGGUAUUUUUUGGCAUUGACAAUAAUGGUAAAGCAGUUCUUUUGGGAUGUGUUUUGCUGCAAGAUGAGAGCUGCCGUGCUUUUACAUGGGCUUUACAGACUUUUGUUCGUUUCAUGAGGGGACGACAUCCUCAGACAAUUUUGACGGAUAUAGAUACAGGGCUUAAGGAUGCUAUUGCGAGGGAACUGCCAAACACCAACCAUGUUGUAUUUAUGUGGCACGUUGUCUCCAAACUAGCAAGCUGGUUUUCUCAGUCUCUUGGGUCUCACUAUGAUGAAUUUAGAGCUGGGUUUGAGAUGUUGUGCCGAGCAGGGAACGUAGAUGAAUUUGAACAGCAGUGGGAUCUCCUUGUCACUCGGUUUGGUCUUGUUCCAGAUAGGCAUGCGGCUUUGCUUUAUUCGUGCCGAGCAACCUGGUCACCUUGUUACAUCAGAGAACAUUUUUUAGCUCACACUAUGACCGCUGAGUUUAAUCUGUCUGUAGAUUCUUUCUUGAAAAGAAUUGUCUCUGGACCGACUUGCAUUCAAGUAUUACUUGAAGAGGUCAGUGCUGCUGCAAGUCUAGCCAAGCAAAUCCCGCCGCGAGUUCCUUAUCCGAGCAUGAAAACAAGUAUGCCAAUGGAAGAUCAUGCAAGGGGGGUUCUGACGCCGUAUGCCUUUAGCGUAUUACAAAACGAAAUGGUUUUGUCUGUUCAGUAUGCGGUCUCUGAGAUGGCCAAUGGUCCAUACAUCGUACAUCACUUUAAGAAAAUGGAAGGAGAAUGUUGUGUGUUCUGGAAUCCAGAAAAUGAGGAGAUCCAUUGCUCAUGCAAGGAAUUUGAGCAUUCGGGAAUCUUGUGCAGGCACUCUCUUCGAGUGCUGGCCGUGAAGAACUGCUUCCAUAUACCGGAACAGUACUUUCUGGUUCGAUGGAGACAGGAGAAUCCCCUUGUCACUGAAGAGAAUCAAGAUGGACUAGGCAUUGGCGAUGACUGUGCUCAAACGUUUCAUUCGCUCACAGAAACUCUCCUAGCAGAGUCUAUGAUCACAAAGGAUCGGCUUGAUUACACUAACCAAGAACUUUCUGCGCUUAUCGAUCGUGUAAGAAAUAUUGCACCAGCUAAUACUUGUAUCAGCCAUGACUGCUAAUCCAUCAAGUGAAGUGUUUGGAGGAGGGCAGAUAUGUUUUUCCCAUUUUUUUUUAGGUUUUUUUUUAGUUUCCGUGAGAUACAUCCUUAUUACAAAAGUUUGUUCAGAACUAUCAAUAAGACAUGUCUGAAAAACCUUGUCUCUCCACCUUCUGUUGACAGGCUAUGCACAAAAUGUAGAUGAAGUCAAAACAGUGG